AUGCCUUACCUCCUGGGCAGCAUAUGCAGCAUCAUUGGGGUCUUUUACAAGUAUGCAAAGCGUCAUGGCGACUGUUCCACCCUGAACAGGAGGGAGAUGAAGCGGCUCAUCUUGAAGGAGUUUGGUGAGGUCAUCAAGAACCCUUCUGACCCUGAGACGGUUGAGAUGACCUUCCAGCUGCUGGACGUCAAUGGGGACGGCUUGGUGGACUUCAGUGAGUACCUGCUGCUCAUCUUCAGAGUGGCCAAGGCCUGCUACAGCCACCUGCAGCCCAGAGAAUGCCUCCUUCAGCAGGGAGAAACCCGCAGAGCCUUACGUGAAGGGGAACCUCGAGGGGAAGGACGAGACCACCGCCACCUAAGGGGGGAUGAAAGGGAAGGAAGCUAUGUUCACGAGAGGCGGGACUCUGACCGCACACGACUUCGUCAGCUGGAAACUGCCACUAGAGAUGAGGGGAGAAGAGAUUCCUUUCCACGGGAGGCUGUUGCCCGAGCAGUUGAGAGGAGCCAUCAUGCUCAUGAUCAGGAGUUGAGGGAUGAUCGUGGGAGAGACCAUCCAUCCCGUGAGCCUCAGGGUUUGGAAAAUGAGCAUGAAGACUGGACACAUAUGCCCGAAGAGCAGGCAGAUGUGCGGACUCGUCAGCAGCCUCUUGGAGAUGAGCCACGUAGGAGUGAAGCUGGCCGUCGUCAACUAAGACGUAGAGAACCAGGGAUGGAAGAGGACCAUCAGCGCCAAUUGCAGGAGCAUGUCCAGGGAGAGGAUGGUGAAAGACGUCCUCUGCUACGUGAUCCUUGGCUAUGGGAAGGGGAUGAAAGUAAGCAAUAUUCCAAAGAGGCUACACAAAGAGACGAAGAUGACAGGCGACACCAAGCACGAGAGACUGAGCGUCAACUGGAAGAGGAGGAGAGCAUGAGCAGGCCAAGAUCUCGCCCAUCCCGUGAACCCCGAGAACGGGAAGAUGGAAGGAGGGAGGAUUACGUACGUGAAGCUGAGCGGAGGUCCAGCAGACGUGACCAGCAUGUAUCUGAUGCACGCAGGAAUCAAAGAUCUGACUGUGAACCAGUAGAUUGUGGUGAUGAAUGCCACUCAUUUCCUAGAGAGGGCGAGAGGAGAUCUCGGUUGCGUGAUGCAGAACAAGAGCAGAGAAGGUCUCAGAUGCUUGAGGAAGAAUACAGAGAGAGAUUCAGGUCUAGUGAUCCUGACUACAGAGGGGAUGAGCAGAAAAGACAGCGUCGAUAUGCAGCUCAGUCUAGAGAGGCUGAGCUCCAUGAGCCUGACAUAAGAGAAUCUGAAUGGAGGAGGCGCCAGCCUGUGGAUCAAGACGAGUGGACCAGACCUUAUCCACGUGAGCCAACCACAAGAGCAGAGCUGGAAGACCAGCGAGGGUCUCGUGAUCCAGAACGCAGAGAUCGUCAGUGGAGUAGGUUCCAUCCUUACGAACAUAAACCUACAGGCAGUGAGACGAGAAGGCCCCAAUCUCGUGAGUAUGAGCCCAGAGAGGAUGACCAGAGAAGGUCCCAAAGACGUGCACAAACCCCAGAAGAUGGCAGGAGACGGGAGGAGUACCAUCAGGACGAGGCCCAAGAGGGUGAGAAUCGGAGGAGGAGGAGACCCCUGUCUGGUGAGCUUGAGUCCCACAGGCCUCAAAGACGUGAACGAGCUCCAAGAGGUGAUGGUCAGAGGCAGCAGCAGUAUGAUGACCCUGAGCCCUUGGACAGAGAUGUUGAGAGGAGGAUGCCAGAAGCCCAAGAAUCUGCUCGACAAGAGGGUAACCGAGGAAGGCAGCAGCGUUAUGACUCUGAGACCCAAGAAAGCGUGAGCAGGAGGAGGCCGCAGUCACGUUAUUCUGAGUCCUGGGAAGAUGAGAGAAGGAGACCUGAGCAGGCUGACUUCAGUGACGAUGAGAGGGAGAGGCCCCAGGCAAGACAGUCCCUUUCUAGACCAAGAGAAGAAGACAGGUGUUAUCCAUCAGUGGGCGGCCGAAGGGAGUGCGAUGGGGGCAGGCGACAGGAAUACAGUGGCCCGAGGCGCAAUGUUGACCAACGUGGUGAUGAACAGGAGAGGAGAACUCCGUUGUGUGACAUUGAUGCUGGAGAUGUUGAGCAAAGGCGACCCCUGUCACGUGAUAUUGAGCCAAGAGACAGUGAGCAGCGCAGGAGAACCCAGUCACGUGACACUGAUGGCCAGAGGCACACGGUUGACCAACGUUAUGAUGAACAGGAGAGGAGAACUCCGUUGCGUGACAUUGAUGCUGGAGAUGUUGAGCAAAGGCGACCCCCGUCACGUGAUAUUGAGCCAAGAGACAGUGAGCAGCGCAGGAGAACCCAGUCACGUGACACUGAUGGCCAGAGGCAAAGCCAGAGGUACACGGUUGACCAACGUGAUGAUGAACAGGAGAGUAGAACUCUGUUGCGUGACAUUGAUGCUGGAGAUGUUGAGCAAAGGAGACCCCCGUCACGUGAUAUUGAGCCAAGAGACAGUGAGCAACGGAGGAGAACCCAGUCACGUGACACUGAUGGCCAGAGGCAAAGCCAGAGGCACACAGUUGACCGACGUUAUGAUGAACAGGAGAGGAGAACUCCAUUGCGUGACAUUGAUGCUGGAGAUGUUGAGCAAAGGCGACCCCCGUCACGUGAUAUUGAGCCAAGAGACAGUGAGCAGCGCAGGAGAACCCAGUCACGUGACACUGAUGGCCAGAGGCAAAGCCAGAGGCACACGGUUGACCAACGUGAUGAUGAACAGGAGAGGAGAACUCCAUUGCGUGACAUUGAUGCUGGAGAUGUUGAGCAAAGGCAACCCCCGUCACGUGAUAUUGAGCCAAGAGACAGUGAGCAGCGCAGGAGAACCCAGUCACGUGACACUGAUGGCCAGAGGCAAAGCCAGAGGCACACGGUUGACCAACGUUAUGAUGAACAGGAGAGGAGAACUCCAUUGCGUGACAUUGAUGCUGGAGAUGUUGAGCAAAGGCGACCCCCGUCACAUGAUAUUGAGCCAAGAGACAGUGAGCAACGGAGGAGAACCCAGUCACGUGACACUGAUGGCCAGAGGCAAAGCCAGAGGCACACGGUUGACCAACGUGAUGAUGAACAGGAGAGGAGAACUCCAUUGCGUGACAUUGAUGCUGGAGAUGUUGAGCAAAGGCGACCCCCGUCACGUGAUAUUGAGCCAAGAGACAGUGAGCAGCGCAGGAGAACCCAGUCACGUGACACUGAUGGCCAGAGGCAAAGCCAGAGGUACACGGUUGACCAACGUGAUGAUGAACAGGAGAGUAGAACUCUGUUGCGUGACAUUGAUGCUGGAGAUGUUGAGCAAAGGAGACCCCCGUCACGUGAUAUUGAGCCAAGAGACAGUGAGCAACGGAGGAGAACCCAGUCACGUGACACUGAUGGCCAGAGGCAAAGCCAGAGGCACACAGUUGACCGACGUUAUGAUGAACAGGAGAGGAGAACUCCAUUGCGUGACAUUGAUGCUGGAGAUGUUGAGCAAAGGCGACCCCCGUCACGUGAUAUUGAGCCAAGAGACAGUGAGCAGCGCAGGAGAACCCAGUCACGUGACACUGAUGGCCAGAGGCAAAGCCAGAGGCACACGGUUGACCAACGUGAUGAUGAACAGGAGAGGAGAACUCCAUUGCGUGACAUUGAUGCUGGAGAUGUUGAGCAAAGGCAACCCCCGUCACGUGAUAUUGAGCCAAGAGACAGUGAGCAGCGCAGGAGAACCCAGUCACGUGACACUGAUGGCCAGAGGCAAAGCCAGAGGCACACGGUUGACCAACGUUAUGAUGAACAGGAGAGGAGAACUCCAUUGCGUGACAUUGAUGCUGGAGAUGUUGAGCAAAGGCGACCCCCGUCACAUGAUAUUGAGCCAAGAGACAGUGAGCAACGGAGGAGAACCCAGUCACGUGACACUGAUGGCCAGAGGCAAAGCCAGAGGCACACGGUUGACCAACGUGAUGAUGAACAGGAGAGGAGAACUCCAUUGCGUGACAUUGAUGCUGGAGAUGUUGAGCAAAGGCGACCCCCGUCACGUGAUAUUGAGCCAAGAGACAGUGAGCAGCGCAGGAGAACCCAGUCACGUGACACUGAUGGCCAGAGGCAAAGCCAGAGGCACACGGUUGACCAACGUUAUGAUGAACAGGAGAGGAGAACUCCGUUGCGUGACAUUGAUGCUGGAGAUGUUGAGCAAAGGCGACCCCCGUCACGUGAUAUUGAGCCAAGAGACAGUGAGCCGCGCAGGAGACCCCAGUCACGUGACACUGAUGGCCAGAGGCACACGGUUGACCAACGUUAUGAUGAACAGGAGAGGAGAACUCCGUUGCGUGACAUUGAUGCUGGAGAUGUUGAGCAAAGGCGGCCCCCGUCACGUGAUAUUGAGCCAAGAGACAGUGAGCAGCGGAGGAGAACCCAGUCACGUGACACUGAUGCAAGGGACAGUGGCCAGAGGCAAGCACUGACACGUGAAACUAACCAAAGAGAUAGUGAACAGCAGCGGAGAGCCCUGUCCAGGCACACUGAUGUUAGAGGGAGUAGUGAGGGGCGAAUCCAGACUCAUGAGGUUGACCCAAGACGUGGUGACCAGCAAACACAAACCCAGUCACAUGACACUGAACAAAGAGACUGUCAGCAGAGGAGAACCCAGUCACACUAUAGCGAUGCAACAGACGGUGAGCAGAGAAGAACCCGUUCACGGGACCCAAGGUACGAUGAACAGCAAAGAAGAGCACCAUCACAGGACACCAAUGCUGCAGAUGUUGACCGGAGGCAAAUUCAGGCCCGUGGCACUGACCCAAGAGAAGGUGAACAACAAAGGAGACCCCAGUCGCAUGACGCUGAACCAGCCGAUGUUAACCAGAAGCAAACACUGACACAUGGUGCUGCCCCCAGAAAUGAUGAGCAGCGGCGUCAAGUCCUGUCACGGGACACUGAACAAACAGAUGGAGAGCAAAGGCAGAAUCAAGUGCAGAGUGUGGAUGGCAGGGAUGCUGCCACAAGAGACGGCAGGCAGCAAAGGAGAACUCAGACCCAUGAUGUUGACUCGAGAGAUGCUCAACAGCAGAGGAGAACGCAGCCACAUGACACUGAACCAAUAGAUGGUGACCAGAGUGAGGCUGUCCCAAGGGAGAGAGAGGAGCAAAGACAAACCGAGUCACGUGACACUCAGCAGGGCGUGUCCCGAGAAGAGCCCCGUGAUUCUGAACCCAGGGACAAUAUUCAGAGGAGGCAAGUUGUGCCAGAAACCCAAGUGGCUCAGCCAAGUAGUGUCCGACAAGCUGAGACUCUAACGCAAGACACUGAUGGGAGCAGAGCUCCCCCACGUGAGGUUGCACCACCCAGUGCUGACAUGGCCAGGAGGCCACAACCACGAGAGCAGGAACCUGCAAAGAGGGUGCUGGGAAGGCAGGGGCCGGCUGAGUCUGGAGAAACUCCACAAAGACCAAGUGAAAGGGAGAGAGUCCAGUCACGUGAGCCUCAGCGGAGCGAUGGGGAGCAGGGCAGAGCACGCCCAUGUGGGCCCGAGCCAAGGCAGCCCACAAGAGGCCUGUGUGGCCCAGAACGGAGCAGGGCUGAGAGAAGCCAGCCACAGGUACGUCAGUUGGGGCCCCAGGAAGGAGACUUAAGGAGGCAACAGACUCAAAACCCUGGAGCCACGGAUGGCAAGACCUCCCAGCCUCGUGAGCCACAGGCCACGGAGCGCCAGCGAGGAAGACCCAACACAGAACCCAGAGCUGAGGGCAAAUCUGAAGAGAGAGAAGGGGCUCGGGAACAACAGUCUAAGGUGGCCGAACAACGGCAAAACCCGGUUCCGGGUGUAUCCUGCAAAGAAGAAAGUGGCAAAGAGGAGAGUGACAGAAGCAGCCCACAGGCCCGAGAACCCCAACCGCCAUUGGAGGAGGUUGGCAAGCCUGGCACAGAAAGACCACAAGGUGCCGCCGCGAGCGAGAGCAACCCUGAAUCGAGCGAGGCUGACGGCUCCCAGGAGAAGCCGGGUUUUCUGUGUGGCGACAAAGUGCCACUGGUUUGCAACCCGCUCUAUCAAUAUCUUCUGGCCCAGAAGAGGCAAGAGCAGCCAUAG